CCACCAUUCUCUUAUUGGCUCCUCAAAUAAUAGACACACCAACAACCUCAAGAAAAUCUGAGAAAUGGAGGAUAUCACAACAGUAAAGUCGAGGUUCAAAAGGGUCUGUGUAUUUUGUGGAAGUAGUAGUGGCAAUAAAGAUUGUUAUAAAGAUGCUGCUCUUGAACUUGGUCAAGAACUGGUUUCAAGAAAGUUGGAUCUAGUUUACGGAGGAGGAAGUGUUGGGUUGAUGGGUUUAGUUUCUCAAGAAGUUCACCGUGGCGGAGGACAUGUUUUAGGAAUCAUCCCCAAAACUCUGAUGAACAAAGAGAUAACUGGAGAAACAAUCGGGGAGGUCAGACCAGUAGCCGACAUGCACCAAAGAAAAGCUGAGAUGGCCCGCCAUUCUGACUGUUUCAUUGCAUUACCAGGUGGGUAUGGAACAUUGGAGGAGUUAUUGGAAGUAAUUACGUGGGCCCAGUUAGGCAUCCAUGAUAAGCCUGUAGGGUUGCUUAAUGUGGAUGGCUACUACAAUCUUUUACUUACCUUCAUAGACAAGGCAGUGGAUGAUGGAUUUAUCAUGCCUUCACAACGUAGCAUUAUUGUCUCUGCUCCUAAUGCCAAAGAACUUGUUCAAAAGCUUGAGGAGUACGUUCCAUUGCAUGAUGGAGUUGUGGCUCAGGCUAAGUGGGAAGUUGAACAAGUGGAGCUCCAUGCAUCUUUACAGACUGAAAUUGCUCGGUAGCUAUAGCUAGGGACCAUUAAUUAAUUUAAGAAGGUGUAUUUUAAUUCCUUUCUAGGAUAUUCGUACGGUAAGCUGUAACUAGGGUUUUUGAUCUCCUUUUCAAAUUUUGUAUAUCUAGAAAAGCAAAAAGGAGAUUUAAUUAACUUCGCCAUUAGGUGGAUGACUGUAUAAUCAACUUUAUAUUAUAUACUAAAUGUAAUUAAAUGCAAGUAUAUGGUAUAAAACUAGCAAAAUGUUAGUAUUA